AUGAGAGUCUUCCACAGUGGGGUCAAGCAGACAGCCACUGAGCUCAGAUAUAAAUUAGGGAUUGUUCGAGAGAGAUUUGAAGCAAGACCUUCUAAGGCCCCAGAUCCACCUCCACUGCCUUGCUUUCGAAUUGAGCAAGCACCACCAUUUACAUACACUGGGGUGGACUUGCGGGUCCCAUCUACACAAAGGAUGGGACUUGUAAAGUCACUCAAGAGGUUUACCUCCAGGAGAGGAGCACCACACAAGUUCAUUUCAGAUAAUGGAAAGACAUUUAAGGCUACAGCUAAAAAGAUCAAGAAGAUCAUGAACCAUCCUGAGGCGAUUGAUUACGUUUAUGAUCCCAGGACCGAGUGGCUGUUCAACAUUGAAAGAGCUUCCUGGUGGGGAGGAGUCUUUGAGUGGAUGGUAAAGUCAGUUAAGAGGUGCUUGAGAAAGUCUAUGGGACAAGCACGGUUGACGUUAGAUGAGCCACAUACUGCUAUUGUUGAGAUAGAAGCUGUAAUCAAUUCGAGACCUUUGUCAUAUUUACCUCCCAAUGACAUUGAGGAACCACUUACUCCAUCGCAUUUAUUCAAUGGUAGACGACUGAUAACCUUUCCAGACAAGUUAUGUUACAAUUAUGAUGAUGAGGAUCCAGAAUUCAAUGCAAGGCCAGACAUGCUGAUCAAGCGACUGAGGUACCUCAAUAACAGAAUAGAACACUUCUGGAAAAGACGGAGUUCUGAGUACCUACUUGAGCUCAUGGAACAGCAACAACGCUGGAGUUGA